AUGAGUGCUGUUGAUGAGACGUACAAUGAACAUUGGCUGAGGGAGUGUAUGAUUGUUGAGGACCCGGUGCGGCUGGAUGAAAUCCCGUUUGGAACAGUUUGUUUGGCUCGGCCCAGCAACGCGUUAGAGUUUAUUCGUUGUGAAGUCGUUCGACGCGUGUCGCUGCGCGAAUAUGGCGUUAUUUUUGAUGAUGGACAUGAAGAAAAAGUUGAUAUUUCAUGCAUUGCGAGAAAAGUUGCAGGCCAUUUGCUGUCUUGGGAAGGAGUACGCGUGUGCGCCUUUUACAAUCCAAAGCUUCCAACCGAUCCGUUCAAGAAGGCGUUUUAUCCAGGCAUAGUUGGCCUUGGACCACAUGGAGUGGCCGUGAAUCAAAUGCUGAUAUUUUUCGAUGAUGGUUUUGAUGCUUUCACGCCCGAACGAUUCGUUUGCCUUCUUGUCGAGCAGAAAUAUAAGCUUCGCAAUGGCAAAGAAAUAUUUUUCGAUGAUGGCUUUGAUGCUUUCACGCCCGAACGAUUCGUUUGCCUUCUUGUCGAGCAGAAAUAUAAGCUUCGCAAUGGCAAAGAAGUAAUAGACCGAAAUAAUAACUGGCGUCUGUUACCGCCUGAGCGGCAACAGUUUUUCCGAACUUACCUUGAGUGCUUCCCGGAUUGGCCACUGGUGCCAAUGAAACGCAAAGAAAACACACAGCGUGUGGACGUCUUACGUGAUAACAAGCUACAUUCUGCGCUCGUGCUACGAACCGACAAGCAGUUCGCGCUACUGAGAUUUCCUGAUCCAUAUACACCUGGAGCAGACUGUGUGACAGAGUCAUGUACUCAUCAUUAUCAUGUUGAUGAAUGGGUGUAUCGUGGUUCCGAACGUCUAGAU